CGCGCGCUCCCCCCUCCCCCCGUCCCUCCUCCCCUGCCCAAAGCCAGCAGCCGGGAUUUCAGUAUUAUGGCAUCGAGGAGAAUGGAGACCAAACCCGUGAUAACGUGUCUGAAAACCCUGCUCAUCAUCUACUCCUUCGUUUUCUGGAUAACUGGUGUUAUCCUUCUUGCGGUUGGUGUCUGGGGGAAGCUGACUUUAGGCACAUAUAUCUCUCUUAUUGCUGAAAACUCCACUAAUGCCCCUUAUGUUCUCAUUGGGACGGGUACCACGAUUAUUGUCUUCGGAUUGUUUGGUUGCUUUGCCACAUGUCGCGGUAGCCCAUGGAUGCUAAAACUGUAUGCCAUGUUCUUGUCUCUGGUCUUCCUGGCUGAGCUAGUGGCUGGCAUUUCAGGAUUUGUGUUUCGCCAUGAGAUCAAGGACACUUUCCUUAGGACAUAUACUGAAGCCAUUCAGAAUUACAAUGGAAACGACGAGAAGAGCCAGGCAGUGGAUGAUGUACAAGAGAGUCUGAGAUGCUGUGGCGUCCAGAACUACACCAACUGGCACACUAGCCCUUAUUUUAAUGAACAUGGCAUCCCCAUAAGCUGUUGCAUGAACACCACUGACUGUAAUCCUAUGGACCUGCGCAACGCGACCAUUGCCCCUACUAAAAUAAACCAGAAGGGCUGUUAUGAUCUGGUGACCAGUUUUAUGGAGACAAAUAUGGGGAUCAUAGCUGGAGUGGCGUUUGGAAUUGCAUUCUCACAGUUGAUUGGAAUGCUUUUGGCAUGCUGUCUGUCCCGAUUUAUUACUGCCAAUCAGUAUGAGAUGGUGUAACAAGCACCUGUUUUCAAUCAGGAACUGGAUAAUUCUUGGAAGACUUCUAAAGAAUGUUAGAGCACACAUACACAACUACAUGUACACACACAUACACACAUAAAACCACCACCUUCUAAACUCUGUACCAUGCGUAGUGUACCAUUCCGUGAAGUACUGUUGUGCCACAAAAGUAGCCUGAACCAUUCAGCAUCCAGUACUGUACACUCCAUCCUGAAGGCUCUGCAUAUGAUGGCACUAUAUGUAUGUUCUUGAUCAGACUGUAGUUGCAUUGUAAAGUUAACAGAGGUAAUUCAUUAACAGCAAUGACUGGGCUCUGCAUGUAGUGACUGGAGGGCAUAACUAGCCUUUCACCAUGGUUAAUAAAUGUCGCACACAUCCAUAUUAAACCUGUAUACAAAAAUAUACCUUAUUUUGGUUUAUCCGAUUUUUAAUUUCUUGGUUUUGUUUACUGCUUUACUAAGGUUUUUUGAACCUACUCCCCACUCCCUACAACAGCCCCAAACAAGAAGAAAUCAGUUACAUAAAUGUGGAAAUACUUGAAAAAAAAGAAGUCCAAAAUCUGCUCAAGGGAAAUGGUUUUUUUGCUGUUCCGCUGCAUCUUUGAUUCUUAACCAAUGUUGUAUGCCUAGUGCGUUUGCCAAUAGGCCUUUGUCUAGUGCAUUUUGCCUCUGAAUCUGAACCUGUGUAAUACUGUUACUAAGCUGUGUUGUUUGCUUACUGUGAAGCCAGUAAUUUUGCUUCCUUUUUAAUAGAUAAUUAUGGAUUAAUCAAAUUGUGCUGUAAUGCAACUUUCUUCUUCCCCUCCCUCCAUUUUCCUCUCCUUUUGCAUUGAAGUUGGCACCAAAUACAUUGUCAAAUCAAUCAAACUUUUAAAAAAAGAAAAAAAAAGAAUGUGUGGAAUAUUUUUGGGGGGUGGGGAGCAAAAGUUUAAGACCUUUUUAAAAAAAAUAGGAAUUUUUUAAUAAGGCCUCUGUCUAGCAUGCCAAGAAGAAUGCAUUGAUAUUGUGAGUAUUUGUGAUAUACAUAUUAAUAAAUGGAACCAU